AUUUAAAUCUCCAACAUAUGAUAAUUUUAACAAUCAUCUAUCCUAACUUAUUUUUAUUAAACGAUGGCCCAACUUAUAUCUGAAACACAACCUUUGUUAUCCCCCUCACAAAAAAAUGAUUCGUUACAGAAUACUUCACCUCAGGAUAAAGGUGACAUUUUAGGUUUACAUUGCAUAGGAAAAAUUGAAGAGCCAAGACCAUUUAUCAAUGCUUUGGCAGAUGGCUCAAGAAUUAUUCAAUGCCGAGUCUGUGAUAAUAUGAUAGAUAUUACUGGCAAAGAAAAUCAACAUGUUGUUAAAUGUGACGUUUGUAAUGAAGCCACUCCACUAAAAACUGCUCCUCUCCAGAAAAAAUAUGUAAGAUGUCCUUGUAAUUGUUUACUGAUUUGUAAAGAAUCUGCCCCUAGAAUAGCAUGCCCAAGAUCUAAUUGUAAAAGAAUAUUAAACCUUCAAGUUGAGACACCAAAAAUAAUAUCAUCUCUACCAUUACCACCUGAUAGUGUUAGGGUUGAAUGUGUACAUUGUGGAGAAACAUUUUUAUUCAACCUGGCAAGCAACACAUUAGCGAGAUGCCCCCAUUGUAGAAAAGUCUCUUCUGUUGGUUCUAAUUUUGCUCGGAAAAAAUCGUUGUUAUUUCUUAUAUUCACCUUUCUGAUGCUGACAACUUCUGUUGCUAUAUUGAUUACCACACAUAUUCAGAAAAAGCCUACCAUGAUAAUACUUUAUGUUUCUGCGUUCUUGCUAACCUUUUUAUUUUUCCUUCGUUUCAUAUAUUACUGUACGAUGAAAAAAUCCUCCAUUGAAUGCCUAACGCCUUAACAAAAAAAAUAUGAGCCAAUACAAUGAUGUGAUAGUUCAAUCUUUACCAUAUAACAAAUCGAUUCCUCUAAAUUAAAAAUUUAUUUGUAAUAUAGUUAUUUAAAAAUAUAUAUAAUGCAUGUAUAAAUAUUUAAUAUUCUCUUACCUAAAUUAUCUUUAUUUUAAAUACAUUUUUUUUAUUUAAUCAUUCUUAUAAUUAUUUAUAAAAUCAACAAUUAUUUUCAUAUUUUAUUCCAUUUUUUUUAUACAAUCUUAGCAACUUCGUUCAUGCCUAUUCAUGGAUAUUAAUAACUACUCGUGAUUGCAAAUCUUAUUGACCAGUUUGUAAUAAGAUUUAUUAUAAUAAUUAGUAAAUUUAAUUGAUACUAUUAGAAAGAUUAUCUUAUAAUGUUUAUAAACAUUUAUGCUUUAAAAAAUUACAUUUUUAUCGUUUGGCUGUAAAUAAGUUAAAUUUUGCUUUUAAACUUAUUUUUUUCAAUAAGAGGUUCAAUUUAUUUUUAUUUUUUUUUAGUAUUUCCAUUUAAAUAAUAUAUUACGUUAAUGUAUGUUUAUGCAAAUUUAUAUGAUAAGUUAUCUUGUAGCUUUUAUUUAUAGAAACUUUCUUCCCAUAAAUUUUUUUUUAAAUUGAA